CAGCGACGAGUGCACACUCGUGCGCACUAGUUUUUCAAGUGAAAAACGUUAUAAAAAGAACAAACCUAUAAUCUGUCAAUUCGGCCAUUACUAUUUAUUCGUGCAGUGUUUGCCGUUGCUGUUAUUAACGAGUGAUAGACUCAUUCAAUCUAAAAUGUUAUCGAGGUUUUCUCUUCGCAAUGCUCAGUUACUAUCUACAACUGUGCGUGGAGUACAAAGUACUUCAUCAAUGGCAACAGAGCCACCUCGUCCCAAACGUUUAAUUGAUCCAUCUCCAGUUAGACAUGGAUUUAUACCUGAAGAAUGGUUUCAAGCUUUCUAUCCAAAAACUGGUGCCUCAGGACCAUAUGUAUUUGCUAUAAGUGUGAGCACUUAUUUAGUUUCUAAAGAAAUUUAUGUCCUGGAGCACGAAUUUUAUAAUGGGUUAUCUCUAUUAAUAAUAUGUGUGGCAAGUGUAAAGCUAUUUGGCCCAAAAAUUGCUGCGAUGUUGGACAAAGGAAUAGAUAAAUACCAUAAUGACCUUAAUGAGACUAGAAACAGUGAAAUAGGUCAAUAUGAAGACCUAAUUUCACAUGAAAAGAAAGUACAAUCGAGUUUGGAUGGACAGAAAAUGAUAAUGGAUAUUAAAAAGGAAAAUAUCAAGAUGCAACUGGAAGCAACUUACAGGGAACGCAUGGUGCAGGUUUAUCAAGAGGUGAAGAAUCGUCUUGACUACCAGGUGCAAAUACAAAAUCUCGAACGCCGAAUUGCACAGAAACACAUGGUACAAUGGAUUGUGAAUGGAGUACUAAAGUCUAUCACUCCUGAACAAGAGAAAGCGACGCUUCAGCAAUGCAUUAAAGAUCUUGAAGCUCUUGCUGUAAAAGCAUAAAGAGUUGCGACUAAAUUAGAUGAAAUAGAAACAGGUUAAUAUAACACAAAGAAUGAUUGUCAUCAAAUAUAGAUUACUUUAUGUAUAUUAUUGUUCUUGAAAUUGUCAAAACGUUAUAAUGAAUAAACUAUGUAACUCGAUACAA